UCUUUUUCAAAAGUAACUCACCUUCAAGAAGGUGAAGUCAUUUUUAGUGUUUUUAGUCACUAGCGCCAGUCCGUUGCCUUUUGAGACAUUUUGAGAUAGAGCAGCAGUUAUGCUCUUGAGACUUUUAAGAUGGGCAUCAGUUAUGCCCUUGAGAAUCGUGGUGAAGAGCCACCACGAUAAGUUUAAGAUGUUAGAGGGAUGAAUCGUUACGACUUCCCUAACUAAGUUUAAGUUUAAGGAAAGCCUUGAUGGCUUCUCAUACGUAUGAGUUGGCAACCGAACUAGCUAGUGGGGGAUCCCCGUUUCAGUCAAGUAUUUUAAGUCAAGUUUUGAGAUUUAAGAGUGGAGUAACAGUAACUCCCUUACAGUUUUAAGAGUUAAGCUUUUUAGAAGUGGAAGUACAAAACAACUACCACUCAGUUAAGAAAAGAGAUCAAGUAUUAGAAGUAUUUAAACGUAAGGACUGGAGAUUAGAAUGAGAAUUUAAAGUUUGGGUUUAAUUUGCCCACAUGUUAGGGCUUUGCUAGUAAAAGUGUGUGUUUUCAGUAUUUUAUUUAUGAAAAUUUUUCCCGCUGAAAUUUAAGAUUUGAGUAUUUUGUUUUUCAAAGGAAUUUUAGUAAAAGUAGUACCCGACCGGGUUAGGGUGUUACAAUGAGGAGCAUGGAAGGAUGUGCCCGAUCAAAUUUCGCGGAUGAAAUUUUUAUGAGGGUGGAGGAAAUGUUACAUCCCGCUCUUCCCAAAAGUCAAAAUGACUAUUAUAACCUUGGUUAAAUUUGUCAAAUUCUAAUUUAAUAUCCAUGAGGUCUAAAAAUGCAAACUCUCGGUUCAAACGGUGUCGAGUUUUGACAUAAAUCGAGUAAGUUACGAGUUUCGGAUUAAACUCACCCGUGGUCUAUGAGAUGCCCAAGUCAUCCUUCGAGUUAAUCAAAACCCUGCCCAACCCUAAUCUCAAAUCCCAUCGAGAACAUGGUUCUAUCAGUGCUAAAGCGGCCACUCUCGACUCUCCCACCGCCUACGCAACUAUUCUCAGGUUUACUAUGAGAACUGCCUGCUUAAGCAAGCAAGAGGGCGCGUCGAGAGUGGAAUUACGGCGGAGUCCAAUACUGUUCUUCUCCCACUACGCCUGCCUACUACAAGACCUUUGCAACGACACCUGCCCACCAUGGUACUACGACACCUGCCUACUACGAGAGCUAAGCAAGGCACCAGCACAGGGGAAGUCGAGGGCGGAAUAGCAAGACGGAGGGAAAGCCUCGGCAGCCGAGCAGGAGGGACCCAGCUGCCGGCCACUCCCUCGACUCGUUGUUUCACCCUUCUCUACUACGAGACCAGGUUGAUUAACCUAGCUGGUGCCGAAGCAAGCUGGACACGACUGGGGCGGGGAAGAAGGUGGAGGAUAAUCAUCGAUGGAGUCCCUCCCUGCCAUUGACGUGCGAUGGUGGACCCAGAUCAUGUCCUUGCCAAUCCUACUACGAGAGGUGCUUGUGUAGCAGCUCAAGCAAGCUCGUCUUAUGGUUAUUGGUAUGGCUAGUAAGCAUCGACAACGGGCUGUUCUCUCAAGCAAGCUCGUCUUUUUGUUAUUGCCAUCGCUCCAGGACGAACGUCUAAAGCAAGCUGGUCCAUUUAAUUCCAUUUUGUCAAGCAAGCUGCUCCAUUUAAGCAAGUACGAGUCUAAUAGGGUUGGAAGCGAGUAUUUGAAGCAAAAUCAGAGCCAGUUCUGACGGAAGUAAGGUGAGUGUAAAGGGGGUAAAUUCUACACCUUACAGUUUUUCAAAUAUUUGUGUUGAGUAUUUUCAAGUACUGAUUUACUUGAUGUAUGUGCAGUGUUUGAUUCAUGUUUGAGAUUGCAUGAUUAUGUUUGAUAGUAUGUGCUUUGGUUGAGCUAUGAUUUGAAGUGAAGGUGUAUGAGUUUAUCUCUUACUUUGAAGUUUAUGUUUAGGAGUGAUUAUUAAAGCUUAAGAACAAUCCAUUUUAAGAAAUACUAGACCUUCGAAGAAGGUGGAAUCGUUUUAUGUGUUUUUAGUCAGUAGCGCCAGUCCGUUGCCAUUUGAGAUUUUCAGAUAGAGCAGCAGUUAUGCUCUUGAGAUCUUUGAGACACAUCAGCAGUUAUGCUCUUGAGAUAUUUAAGUUGAGCAACAGUUAUGCUCUUGAGAUUUUUAAGAAGAGCAGUAGUUAUGCUCUUAAGUUUAAGGAAAGCCUGGAUGGUUUCUCAUAUAUAUGAGUUGGCAACCGGACUAGCUAGUGAGGGAUCCCCGUGUCAGUCACGAAUUUAAGUUGAGAUUUGAGCUUUAAGAAUACUGUUUUAAGUAGGGCUGGCUAUUUGGUCUAGACUGUUUGGUUUUACCCGAAACCGGACCGUAUAACCCGGACCAGGACCGGAGUGGGACCGGAUAACAAACAAUCCAAUCUCAUAUUCGAGCUUAGAUUUGAGGUAAAAACCCGGAUAAAGACCUAAGAGACCUCCAACACCUAAAAUCAAGAUCAAAUUGGGACCGGACCGGAUCAAGACUGGACUGUAUCCAAUCCAAUCUUUGGUCCUUAUAUUCCCAAGAAGACCGGACUGGGACCGGAUCAAUUUGGUCCAAUUUAACUGGACCGGACUGUAUAGUCACCCCUAGUUUUAAGAGUUAAGAUUUUUAAUAGUGGAGGUACAGAACAACUUCCACUAAGUUAAGUAAAGUGAUCAAGUAUUAAUAAGAUGUUAAAUGUAAGGGCGUAGACUGACCCGAUCUCACUCACCAGUUCGAAGAGCUAGAGGAGCUAGAGGUGAGCAGCGAGUUCGAGGGCAACCAGGUAGAGGAGAGCCAUAUAAGCGUCACGAAGGAUGCUUAGUCAAGGUUUUCAGUAGCAACAACAAUAAAGAUUAUUAGUUAUU